AUGUCUCAGUCUACAGACUUGGCUGAGCUCGCCGGCCAUCUGCUGAAGAACGGUCCUCGCAAGGUCGUCCCCGCGCUCCGGCGCAUCCGCGUCGUCUACAACCGCACCGUCAUCGUCGACUCGACCAAGGGCUCCCUGGUCUGGGAGCACGACUACUACCCGCAACUGUACUUCCCCGCGACCGAGGUCCAAAACUGCACCUUGAGGAACAAGCAGUCCGUCAAGGGCGACGGCAUCAACCGCGCCAGCGUCACCGAGCUACACGUCGCGGCCGACAAGGCCCGGCGCAGACCGGCAGCCGUCACGGACCGCGUGGUGCGCUUCGCAGACGAUCGCAGCCUCGGCGCACUGACGGGCCUAGUGCGACUCGAGUUCAAGGCCAUGGACCAGUGGCUGGAGGAGGACGUUCCCAUCUACGUCCACCCCAAGGACCCCUCGAAGCGCAUAGAAGCGCUGCCUUCUAGCCGCACCAUCGAAGUGCGUGUCGACGGCCACACGGUGGCCCGAUCUGGCUUCGCCGUGCACCUCCACGAGCCGCGCCUGCCGACGCGCUAUUACCUGCCCAUCGGCUGCAUCGACCAGACGGUGCUGCGCCGCAGCACCCUCGUCACCAAGUGUCCGUAUAAGGGCGACGCCGACUACUACGACGUCGUGAUUGACGGCGUCGAGUACCCCAACCUCGUCUGGUAUUACCGCUACCCGGCCGUCGAGUGCGCUUCGCUCGCCGGUAUGGCGUGCUUCUACAACGAAAACGUCGACGUUCUGCUCGACGGCGAGCUGUUGGAGCGUCCGACUCGAUAG